AUGUCCAUUGUUACAAGGGGCCUGUACACUCUGGUAUCGUUUGAGUCAUUUGUCGAAGAUGAUGGAGCAUCCGUAUCAUUCACUGACUACCUCUGUGAUAAGAAUGAACUCUUUGGGCUAAUUGACUGGCGCAAGAAGACCGCAGCUGUACGACCCCGCUGGAUGCGAGCCAGUGCCAUUGCUGCGGCGUUCUUGGUUACAUUAUCGCUAGCUUUUUUGCUCGGCACAGUUGUGUACAACAACGAGAGCUGCCAGUCUGUUCUCAAGGUGGAGUAUUGCCAUGUUUGCUCUUGUGAGACGUACUGCGACGGGGCGAGAAUUGGAUGCACCGAUGGUUGUCAGUGUCGAGAACGCAAUGGUUGUUCUAGCUAUUCGUGCUCUGGUGCGAGUAGUGAAAUAUCAACGAAUUCUGCUACAGAGACUUCUACCUACGCGUGUCAAUCAGCUGAUGUGAAAACGUCGAGCAAAGCCUACUAUGUGACAAUGUUCCUCACUAUGGUAAUGUCCAAGGCAAACUCAAUUGAAAUUUGCUCUGUUGACGUUGGCUCAAGUCGACAAAAACUGCUUCAUCUUGUGACAGUGUUGAUUGGGAUAGCGCUGGUGGGGUUCGGAAUUAUCUAUUCUAAUUACUUAAGCAAGGAAGACGCGGGGGAUCCUGAGGCUAGUUCCCGUCGGCAACGAGCUAUCAGUCAGACGCUGUUCACAGGUUGGUGGUAUGAUCAAGUAGCUAACCUUGCAAUGACUCUUGCACAGUUUGUGGUUUUCGGAAUCUGCUAUAAUACGCUUUACUCUCCUAAGGUCGAAGAAGUGAAGUAUGCAGGAGCAGCGGCAGUCCAUCCUCAUAAAUUGGAUGCCAAUAUCAUGAAGACUGAUGACGUUAAAGGAGACAAGGGUGAGCCUGUGGUUGUCGAAGAAGUCAAGUUACAACCGCCAACGCAGCAACAUCAGUAG